CUGCUCGGCGGACAAGAGAAGACUGAGAGUAGCGAUUCAUGGCUGAGCAAUUCCGAGAAGAAGCCCUAUUUUUCGAUGAGAUUUCUCAGCGGCGAGGCAGGCCACCAGAUUUUCGGCGAGAAGAAGAGCGACGACCCUCUUCCUCUGUUUGUGAGCCUUUCGCCGGCGUACUGUGUCUGCGACCAAUUAGCAAUCUCCGGCAGGACGAGUGCCUCCAGCGGCGAGGACGAGCCACCAGCGGCGAGGUCGAACCCAUUUCCGGCGAGGGCCGACACACAGCCGAGAAGUCCUCGAGAGCCUGUUUCCGUCCGUUCAGCAGCAGCCACGCAUCGUCGAGAGGUCGCUCAGUCCGAACAAACGAGCAGCAAUCGGCCCUUCCGAUUUCUUUCCGACGGGCAGCGGUGGUCCUUGUUCAGACGAGUUGCAGUCGUUAGUGGUAGCCGGAGUCACGGCAGCGGUAGCCCUUUCGGGCCCGUGCAAGAAUAG